UCCUUACUAUCAGUUGAGGGGAAGUCUAGCUUCUCCGUACUUGUCAGAUCGAUACUCGGCAGUGUGAUUGCCCGUUAGCGUCCUGCGUGGUGAUUCCUCAACAGCUUUCGCCGAGUUUCCUGACAGAGUUGGGGUACCCAUACAGUCCAUCUAUUGGUCUUUAUUCGACUACCGAGGGUAGCUUAAUAUCGACGAGAGAUGAUGAAAGGCGACUAUCAUCUAUCUUGUGUACUUUAUAGAAGUCUCUCAGGGAAAAAGCGACUGAAGAGUCGUGGUGAACAUGCCCUCUAAGCUCUGUAUUUAAGGAUGAGGGCUUGCUCCUUAGGAAUGGAGGUUGUAAGAAGCCAGAGAACUCGGGUUUCUAAGAGAGCAGCAUCAACCAGAAUUGAAUUCAAACACUCAUCAUGAAUCCCCCAACCAUAAACGCAUUUUCUGGCGCAGCAACCUUUGGUGUUGAGUUGGAGCUCAUAGUUCUUUUUAGAGGGGCUGGCGUGGCUCCCCUAGAACUCGAGAACGGAAAGCAUAGCCCGCCUACUCAACAGGUACUAGAGGAACCAUCAGGCUUAACUGGAAACGAUUCCAAUGACCAUGAAGUUCAUAUGGAAAGGAUCCACUAUUUUGGAAACGAGAUUGCGAAAAAGCUAGCUGGUGCUGGAAUACCGACAGUCUAUCGAGAAAAGGGCCACCCAAAAGACGACAAGGCAUUGGAUCCAGACGACGCACAUGCCCGGCUAGGGGACUUCGAUGAUUUUCGGUAUAGUUCCUACAAGGAAAGCAGUAUUGUUCCUGAGGAGACUAUGAUAUGGACCGAUCCAACAGCUAAGGGGAAGCGUAUGGCUGUAAGGCCCCAGACGCCUCCAGGCCAUUUCUGGCUCGGCUUCGAAUUCGUUAGUAAAGCAUAUCGAUACAGUGAUUUCGACAUCAUGAAGUCAGACUUCGAUAGUGUCUGUCGAACUCUACGCACGAACUACUUGGUCAGCGUGAAUGCUGGCAAAGAUUCGGGGUCUGCUUCGAGCCGUUGCGGCACCCAUAUCCAUUGGGGUCUUAGUGGCGCAGAAUACGAUCUGAUAACUAUCAAGAGGAUCCUCACCCUGAUGUGGGUUGCAGAGGAGAAACUGAUGGGACUGCAUGCGUCCUGGCGACAACUUGCUAAUAAGUAUGCCGCGCUACUACAGACAGGGACGAACAUGGCAACGGACAAUGCUCCAAAGCUCCCGAGCUGGAUCGAUGACAUUGGAAAGGGGGGUUGGGUCCAUGAGAUGGAGCAGAAUGUCCCACCAAGUGUUCAAGAAUCCCUCCACCGGCACAAGCCAAAGGUCCAGUGGCUAUGGCGUUCUGAGACGGUGGAAGAGCUUGCGAUGCUAGUCGGCGAACCAAAUAAGUCCCGUCGAGCGUCAAUCGGUCUCAUGGAACUGCUGCCAGCAACCUCGAACUUCCGGGGGAAAGUUCGCCGGAGCCAGCUAAACACGAUCGAGUUCCGACACAUGCAGGGCUCGCUUCACCCAGCAUUGGUCACUUCUUGGAUCGAAGCAACUGCUGCUAUCAUGCAACCAUGUGUCGACUUGUCGCCGGAUCAAUUCAGAGACUUGUUGAAUGAUAUAGCAAUCUAUCUUUUCAGCGAAAACUCGACCGUCCAUGGAUUACUCAAUAAGCUCGGAGUUUCACGGGAAGCUCGUGACGUGUUUGAAAACUACGACCAGCGGCGCCUGGAUGAAGAAGCCGACCCUGAGAUAUCGGUGUUCUUGCCGGAGCUAUAA